GGUUGCCAACCGCCGUAUAAAGUCAGAAGAAGCCUGAAGGAGGGAUCCAGGCAGAGGGAAAGAGAGCGACGGCUGGACUCAUUAUGACCACUGAAGGGGAUCCGAGCCUCUCGGCCAAAGUGUUGCAGCUGGUGCUGCUGUCCACCUACUGGGGUAUGCAGAUCUGGGUUACCUUCAUCUCUAGCUUUGUGAUGGACAGCCACCUGAACAGACACACAUUUGGUUUGAUCCAGAGCAGACUGGUUCCAUUCUACCUCCACCUGGGCUCUCUCUGUGCCUUCCUCAACCUGACGCUGUUCGCUGUCUACCACCCUGCAGACCUGCUAGAUGACAGAGAGGCCUUCCAGAUCGGGGUAUACUUCCUGUGUGUGUCGGUAGCAGCGGUCAACGCCCAGUGGUUCGGUCAGAUGACAUCAGAGAUAAUGGCAGACAUGCAUCUAAUGGAGCAAGCCCAGGGAUUGGGCCAGGACAUUGGUCUGUCUACCAAUAGGGAGGCUUACGCCAAACUGUGUGAGACAGAUGGUAGAUACAGGCUUCUGUCUGGUCGCCUGUGGCUUUACAGACUGUUGUCUUCGCUGUGUAACAUCUGCUGCAUUACCUGCAAUGCAUACAGCUUGUACUACCUAGCAGAGAACCUUACUUCACUAUAGCACACGGUUACUAAUCUAUCUACAGUCGUGGUCAAAAGUUCUGAGAAUGACACAAAUACUAAUUUUCACAGUCUGCUGCCUCA